AUGAUGAUGAUGUCCCUGAACAGUAAGCAGGCGUUCAGCAUGCCGCACGGCGGCAGCCUGCACGUGGAGCCCAAGUACUCGGCACUUCACAGUGCCUCGCCCGGUUCCUCCGCGCCCGCGGCGCCCGCGGCCAGCUCCCCUAGCAACUCGAGCAAUGCUGGCGGCGGUGGCGGCGGUAGCGGAGGUGGAGGCGGCAGGAGCAGCAGCGCCAGUAGCAGCGCCAGCAGCGGCGGCGGCGGGGGCUCCGAGGCGAUGCGGAGAGCGUGUCUUCCAGCCCCACCGAGCAAUAUAUUCGGCGGGCUGGAUGAGAGUCUGCUGGCCCGCGCCGAGGCUCUGGCGGCCGUGGACAUCGUCUCCCAGAGCAAGAGCCACCACCACCACCCGCCCCACCACAGCCCCUUCAAACCGGACGCCACCUACCACACGAUGAACACCAUCCCGUGCACGUCGGCCGCUUCCUCUUCGUCGGUGCCCAUCUCGCACCCGUCCGCGCUAGCCGGCACGCACCACCACCACCACCACCAUCACCACCACCACCACCAGCCGCACCAGGCACUCGAGGGCGAGCUGCUGGAGCACCUGAGCCCUGGGCUGGCCCUGGGCGCCAUGGCAGGCCCCGACGGCACCGUGGUGUCCACGCCGGCGCACGCGCCGCACAUGGCCACGAUGAACCCCAUGCACCAAGCAGCGCUCAGCAUGGCCCACGCGCAUGGGCUGCCCUCGCACAUGGGCUGCAUGAGCGACGUGGACGCCGACCCUCGGGACCUGGAGGCGUUCGCCGAGCGCUUCAAGCAGCGACGCAUCAAGCUGGGGGUGACCCAGGCCGACGUGGGCUCCGCGUUGGCUAACCUCAAGAUCCCCGGCGUGGGCUCGCUUAGUCAGAGCACCAUCUGCAGGUUCGAGUCCCUCACGCUGUCGCACAACAACAUGAUCGCUCUCAAGCCCAUCCUGCAAGCUUGGCUCGAGGAGGCCGAGAAGUCCCACCGCGAGAAGCUCACCAAACCUGAGCUCUUCAACGGCGCGGAGAAGAAGCGCAAGCGUACAUCCAUCGCGGCUCCCGAAAAGCGUUCGCUUGAAGCCUACUUUGCCAUCCAGCCGCGGCCCUCCUCGGAGAAGAUCGCUGCCAUCGCGGAGAAGCUGGACCUUAAGAAAAACGUGGUGCGCGUCUGGUUCUGCAACCAGAGGCAGAAACAGAAAAGGAUGAAAUAUUCCGCGGGCAUUUAGGAGACCCUUGGCUUCUCCAGGGACGGUUCCCUCCGCGUCCUCUCUUUUUCCUCCCAUCCCCUCCUGCCUCUUUUCUUUCCACUUUCGGCGAGCAGA